GUUAGUAGACACACUCCUUCACUCAGUCACUCUCCCCUAGGCGGUGACGUCCACCACUGCAAACAUUUGGUGCCUGCCAGGUUCCCUCCUCUCAGUCACGAUGACCCGCACCCUCUGCUUCAGCUUCCUUCUCCUCCUCUUGCUGUCCCUCUGCUGUCCCGCUCGCGCUGAACCUCGGAGGGCCGCAUCCCCCUCUCAGCGCAGGUCGGCUCGCGCGCCGGCCGCCAAGGUGCGUCUGGCGGGCAACUAUCCGCGAGAGCCGCACGAAGGGCGCGUGGAGGUGCUACACAACAACACCUGGGGGACCGUCUGCGACGACGAGGUGGACAUCAAGCUGGCCAACGUGGUGUGCCGAGAGCUGGGUUUCCAGAGCGCCAUAACGUGGGCACACAGCGCAAAGUAUGGAGAGGGAGAGGGCCCAAUAUGGAUGGAUAAUGUACGUUGUGACGGCACGGAGAAGUCCCUGAAGGACUGCAAACACAAUGGUUGGGGGGUGAAUGACUGUAAACACUCUGAAGACCUGGGGGUGGUGUGCACCUCUGGGCGCAGGCUGGAUCAGACAGCCAGCAGAGGCCACACCACUGCUGCCAGGACCAAUGGCAGCCCUGCAUCUCAGUGGCAGGGCCACGUCACGAGCCGCAGGCAUCCAGGAUACAGCUAUAAUGGAAAUGGACAUCCAUAUGAGAUUCCCAGGUUCCCAAGACACCAUCAAUACCAGGGUAAGGUGCGAAUUGAGGAGGUCCGUCUUCGUCCUGUCCUCAUGGCUACCAAGAGGAAGAACCUCAUCACAGAGGGUGUGGUGGAAGUGAAGCAUGCUGGGAGAUGGAGGCAGGUUUGUGACCUGGGUUGGAGUCUCAACAGCAGCCGAGUUGUGUGUGGGAUGCUUGGCUUUCCAGAGGCUACUCAACACAAUGUUAAAACAUACAAGAAAAUAUGGGAUACCAAAGUUGCAGAUCCUUCAACAAGAUUGAGCAUCAUGGCAAAGAAGAAGGGAUUCUGGGUUGAAAAAGUCCACUGUCUGGGCACUGAGAACAUGCUGUCAGAGUGUCAUGCUCAGCUGUCAAUCCCUCGUAGUCCCACCCCUUGUAAGAACGGGAGACAUGCGAUAGUCAAGUGUGUGCCAGGACCUCAGUUUGCUCGUAUCUCCUCAGGAAGACCCCAAGCCCCUUAUCCAGUUGUGCCUGUGCGUCUGAAGGCAGGCCCCAGGCUGGGUGAGGGUCGUGUGGAGGUGCUCCGAGAUGGUAAAUGGGGGACCAUUGUGGACCAUAUGUGGGAACGGAAUGCAGCCAGCGUGGUGUGCAGAGAACUGGGCUUUGGUACUGCCAAGGAUGCCCUGCAUGGAGCCUUUAUGGGUCAAGGUACAGGACCGAUCCAUAUGAACAGUGUUCAGUGUAUGGGGUCCGAACGCUCCAUCCUAGACUGCUACUUCCAGGAAGUCCAACCAUGGACAUUCAAACACAGCCAGGAUGCCUCAGUACGCUGCAAUGUCCCAAAGACUGGAAUAGAGAACACGGUGCGGCUUGCUGGUGGAAGAGUCCCAUCAGAGGGCCGUGUGGAGGUGUUGAUGGAGGUUGGUGGUCGUAAGCGCUGGGGCUCUGUCUGUAGUGAGAACUGGGGCAUCAACGAGGCCAUGGUGGUAUGCAGACAGCUCGGCCUGGGCUUUGCUGCCAGCGCUCAUGAGGAGACCUGGUACUGGACCGGUGACCCACAUGCAGCUGAUGUGAUUCUCAGUGGAACUCACUGUGUGGGCACGGAGCUUUCAAUUCAACAAUGCCGUCGCAACAACCAUGUCCAUUGUCCUCGUGGAGGUGGAACUAAGGCUGCUGGGGUCACCUGUUCAGAGACGGCACCUGACCUUGUUCUGGAUGCCCAGCUGGUCCAGGAGACAGCCUACCUGGAAGACCGACCCCUCCACCUGCUCACCUGUGCAAAUGAGGAGAAUUGUCUGUCCUCAUCUGCUGCCAGGAUGAACUGGCCUUAUGGCCACCGACGCCUGCUGCGCUUCUCCUCCCGCAUCAUGAACCUAGGUCGGUCCGAUUUCAGACCCAAAGCUUCAAGAGAGAGCUGGACAUGGCACCAGUGUCACAGGCACUACCACAGCAUCGAGGUGUUCACACAUUACGACCUGCUGACUCUGAAUGGCACGAGGGUUGCAGAGGGACACAAGGCCAGUUUCUGUCUGGAGGACACGUACUGCCCCGAUGGACUCCAGAAGCGGUUCUCUUGCUACAACAUGGGUGACCAGGGCAUUUCUGUGGGCUGCUGGGAUACCUAUCGCCACGAUAUCGACUGUCAGUGGGUUGAUGUGACAGAUGUACGGCCAGGAGACUACAUCUUCCAGGUGGAAGUCAACCCCUCAAUGGACAUGGCUGAGUCUGACUUUAUGAACAAUGUCAUGAGAUGUCGGUGCAAAUAUGAUGGCCACAGAGUUUACAUGUAUGGAUGUCAUGCAGGUGAUGCAUACAGCGCAGAGACUGAAGACCUGUUUGAGCACCAGAGGCAAAUCACCAACAACUUUGUGUAGCCCAUCCCAGGGCCCAGUACAACAGCCUUCCAGUGGAGCCCAGACACUACUCAGGGUGGCCUGAGGUCGAUGGCCCUAGGCCCUUGGGACCUUAGCACCCACAAUAACAGAGAACACACAAAAUGGUGCCUGUUCAUCUCCUAGGCAGAUGUGGAUAAAACGUUCCUAAGAGCAUCAUAUCACAACAGUGACCAUUGCAGUGACUCCAUAUUCAACUCUAGCAGCCAUUGACAACAAGAGUGGAACAGGUGCCAAAUGGCUCAACAUGUUUUUUUUUUUUUUUAAACUCUACUUAUGUAAUAACAUUUGGAUAUCAUUUCAAACAAUACUGAUUUUUUGAAUGUGGACUACUAGUAACUUAACUUAGUUAUUCAAAACGUACACGCAUGAAAGAUGUUAAUGUUGUUCUAACUAAUCUGUCACAAAGACAAUGGCAAGUUGGUACAGUUGGGAAAUCUCAUUCCCAAGCUAAAAGAAAUGAAAAUCUGAGAACAAAUAAUAUUGUGAGUUUAUGUAAUGUCUUUUUGCAAAAGGCUAAUUUAGUGCACUUGUAGCAAAAAGUAUUAGAAUUGGCUCUGUUGGCAUUGUUUCACCAAAUUCUUUACUUAUGGGACCAUUUGUGCCUUUACAUUACUUCAAUAUUGGUGCUCUUUAACAAUACUGUAUGUUGUUAUAUUAACCUCACUACAUUUCAGGUGAACAGUGUUGUAUAUUGCAUUUUGAGUGGUUCUCUUUUACAGUCUAUUAGGUAUCGUAUUAUUGCUUUGGUUUUAACAAAAUCAUUUUUUUCUAAAACUGCAGUCGUGCUACAAACUUUUGCUUCUAAUCUAGAAUAGGUCAGAGGAGGUCAAAUGAUUUUUAUGGAACAAAGCACUUUAUCUUUUAAACAUCAGUAUUCUAGAUUUGCCCCCACACUUUUUUAAAAAUUAGCCACCAAAUCGACUUUUUAGGGUGUUUAUCAAAAAAUAUUUUAUUGUGUUUUACAUUUCAGAAAGUGAAAUAUAAGAUUUGUGUUUAGUUUUCAUUUUCAAUGUACUAUUUAUGCUGUAUCUUUAUUUAUUCAAGGAAUUCACACAUACACAGCAUGCUCAGUCAAGAGUUAGCUAGCAUUUAAUUAACAAUACUGAAUAUUUGUUUUGUUUUUCUGAAAUAAUUAACCAGGGAGAAUAAAAGUCAUUUAGUUACAGGACACAGUAUUAGAGCGUUCCCAUGAUACAGAUGAAUAAUAGAUUUAUUUUAUUUUAGUUAUUAAAACAACUGUAACUGUACAGUUUUCCUCUCUACCAGCCUCUGAUGAGAGGGAAAACCAUGCUGACGAAACCACAGUAUUGUGGUAGGCAGGCAGGCUGGGUUUUGAGAGCAUAUAAAAAGCCUUUUAAUUACGUCUGUUUGGGUUAGACCUAAGGCUACGGUUAAGGUUAGGGCUAUAGCAUGUGCUUUAUAAAGAAACACUAUGGAAUUGUUACUUAUGGAAAUAUGGAAAGCCGGAAUCUGGAGUUACACCUUAACACAAACUACAAAAAAGAUUCUGAGUUUCUAAGAGAUUUAGUGGGGGAGACGAUGACUGAGAGAAAGAAUGAGAAAGUAAGACAAACAGAAAGGGAUGAAGAUUGGUGAAAGACUUAUGCAGACAUACAGUUUUUACUACCAGAGCUGCCUUUUUGUAGGCAGCCAUACAGCGACCACAAGCUGGCAUUUUCAGCUCCCCAACGAGAACAACAUGUUUGUCUGGGAGAGAAAAUAAACUCCUCAAUUCACGCUUUGACACAGUAAACAGUGGCCUUAUUUUUACUAAAGCUUGGCCCCCUAAACUGUAUCUUUCUACACUUUCUUUGCUGAAUAAGUAAUUUUUUUUUGCACCACACCAAACCAUGAUGCAACUCCAUUGAUGUGUUUGGCUUAUUGUCCUUGUGGUAAAACCUGUUACGAUGGCGUCUAAUGGACAGUUUCCAGGACACACUUUGGAAAGGACAUGUCACUUGUUUUAAAGACUCAUGUAGACUUAAUUAAUGUCUUUAACAGGCUGUCUUCCUCCUCACUGGCCUUUAUGAUUUUGACUCAUCAACAUGAUUUUGAGUUGUAAAAUAAUAGUAGUAGAAUAACCUUUUAUACUCGUGGCCAAACAAAGUCAGCUCUAUGACUAAAAACUGUUGAUGCAAAUGUUAGUAGAUAGAACUGAAAGUCUAAAAUGAGUGUUUGCUGAUAUACUUUUCUUUUUUUUUUUUUGGUUUUGUGCUUGUGUACAGUUCCUAUUGACUUAUUACCAUGGUCUAUUCUGUGUGUUAUUUAAAAUUAUAUGACAUUACAUAGCUCAAGUUGGUUCAUAUUCACCACUCUCAUCAUAUUACUGUAUUUGUACCCAUGCUAUAGACAUAGCACUGGGAUAUUGUUUUCCAUGGCCAGUUAUGCUUUUAUUUUGUCUUAAAAACACUGAGAGUGUGCGCUACAUGGUGCUUAUCAACAAUUAUAUUCAUAGAAAGCUGUGCUCUCAGGGACUUUGACCUCAUCUAAAGAGUAAAAAUAAUGUUUCAUGUGAUGUGAUUUAGGUUGCUUUUAGCUGUGAUGCAUACAGGAUGACACCAGGUGAUCAGGAGCUAGGGGUUUUUUGAACAAAAAGUAAUCUGUAACUACAUGUUUAUUUUGUUGGUAAAAAUUUAAGGUAUGAAGGUGAUAAGCUUUGUUAGGCUUUUCGAUGAGGAAAGUUGUGAUAACUGUGGAUAGACACUGGCUGAGUCAGAGGAAAAUUUCAGUUAAAGAACAAAUCACAAUCCAUUCAUUCAUCAUUACUGUGAAUCAAUAAAACUUCAUCACAUAUUAAGCUG